AUGGCGAAGACUCUCGUCUCAUCCACACCGUUCGUCGGCACAUCUCUACCGUCCAUCUCCCGCCGUGGGGCCUACACCCUCCCCUACCGUAGUGGCAAUGGACUCGUCUCCACCAGAAUCAGCUUCAGCCUCCACGACGUCGUUCCUCCGAUCAAUCCCUUCGACUCCGGCUCCGACGUCGCCUCACUUUUGAGCCGAGCUGAGGGCCUCCUCUACACGCUAGCCGAUGCUGCCGUGGCCGUCGACCCUGCCGCCUCGGGCUCCGCAGACGCCGCGGCUCAGAAGAAUGGCGGCUGGUUCGGCUUCAUCUCCGAAGCCAUGGAGUUCGUACUCAAGAUUUUGAAAGAUGGACUUGCGACUGUCCACGUGCCAUAUGCGUACGGCUUCGCAAUUAUUUUGCUUACAGUUCUCGUUAAACUUGCCACAUUGCCUCUCACAAAGCAGCGGGUGGAAUCGACGUUGGCUAUGCAAAACCUUCAACCAAAACUUAAAGCUAUACAAGAAAGAUAUAAGGGCAAUCAGGAAAGAAUACAACUUGAGACAUCACGGCUGUAUCGGCAGGCUGGGGUUAACCCAUUGGCAGGUUGUUUACCAACUUUGGCCACGAUACCAGUCUGGAUAGGUCUAUACCAAGCUCUUUCAAAUGUGGCAAAUGAGGGGUUGUUGACAGAAGGUUUCUUUUGGAUUCCCUCUUUGGGUGGGCCAACAACAAUUGCUGCUCGACAAAGUGGAUCUGGAAUUUCUUGGCUGUUUCCAUUUGUGGAUGGCCAGCCACCAUUGGGCUGGCACGACACUGCAGCAUAUCUUGUUUUACCUGUCCUCCUUGUUGCUUCUCAGUAUGUUUCAAUGGAGAUCAUGAAGCCUCCACAGACUGAUGAUCCAGCUCAAAAGAACACACUUCUUGUAUUCAAGUUUCUUCCCCUCAUGAUUGGUUACUUCUCCUUGUCCGUUCCUUCAGGAUUAUCAAUUUACUGGUUCACAAACAAUGUUCUCAGCACAGCACAACAAGUAUGGCUACGCAGAUUAGGAGGUGCAAAGCCCGUUGUGAGUGAGAAUGCAAGUGGAAUCAUUACAGCAGGACGUGCAAAGCGAUCAGAUUCUCAGCCAGUAGAAGCUGGCAGUAGAUUCAGGAAGUUGAGAGAAGAAGAGAAAAAGAACAAGCUGAGCAAGGCAUUAUCAAAUGAAGAGGUUCAGACACUGGCUUCUACAUCUGAUUCUGAAGCUGGUUCAGAUGAAGAAACCAAGGACAAGGGUGAGGAGAUUCUAGAGGCGUAUGCUUCUACUGUUGGCAAAGAGCUUCCAGAUGAUCCUCGGCCAAGGAGAAGCAAGCGAUCUAAACGGAAGCGUGCUGUAUAA